GUAGCGCAGAUGUUCUCCGGUAGCGCCCGAUCAUCGCCAUCAACAGAUCGCCAUCGCUACCGGGGCGUUUAAAUUUUGACAAGUGGAAAGCCCUUUGCGUGUAGACUGGAUCGACGCAUUCCGCUUGCUGGUUUAAUGACACAGUGACACAGGCCUCGGCAUGGAUUCCCCUAUGGAAGCUCUCAUCAAAGCGAUGAUGAUGGGCCGCCCUGAUAAGGCCGAGGACCCUGGCUCUCAGUUUUCACACUUUGCUUGAAGACCUAAAGACAGCAGCGCCUCACCUUCUCAAAUCGGACACUUACCAAGAGUUGAAAAGGGCUGAACUUGAUGCUGCAGAAGCACAACAACGAUAUGAAGCAGCUCACGAGAUGAAGUGUGUGUGGAAGGACAUUCAGCACUCCUGCCACAACAAAGAUGGUUUGCAACUGAUUGACAGUAGUUAUCACAAAGAAGCUGAGAAGGUGCAGGCUGCAAUUGUGCUUUCUGAAGACCCAGUUGGAAGGCUUUUGGGUCUGGAAGAUUGUGACCUAGAUGAGAUGUUCAUCCAUGAUUUACAUCGCGCAGUUUUAAAGCACCUCCGGCACCGUGAUUCGAGGAUAAAACGAAAGUUGAAGGCCCCCAAGAAGUAUUUGGGCGUGGGAGCCUUGGCCGAGGCAUUGCUUGCAAAAAUUCAUGGCAUUAAAAACUCAAUUGCAAACAUGAGGCUCUGGCAACAAGAAUGCCUUUUUAAACUGGAGAAGAUGUUACGAGAAAUCACCACAAUGAGACGGGAAUUGCCUGAGCUGAGAGAAAAAGAUUAUUCAUUUUUGCAAGAGUUAGAGGAAAAAAUUAUAGAAGGGCUCAUUGAAAUAGGAGAUGUGUUAGAAGAAGAACUGGAACGUGCAUUUCCAGGUAAAGGUCGAAUGGGCAAAGCUAUGGAGAUACUCAUCCGUAGGAUUAAAGUUCAACUUCUGCAUAAAGUUUCUGAAGAGGAGAAAAAACUGCAAGAAAAAGAGGAAUUACUUGACAAGUUUGAAGACCUCUGGUGUCCAGAGUUCGAAUCAAUGAUCACUGAGUACAAGAAUUUGUGUCUGUUACAAGAGUCGGUGAACGACGCAAACAAGCUUGCAGUACAAAAAUAAAAAAGGUCAUCAAGAACACCGACGUAAAAAUGUUGCACCUGUGAGAUUCCCUUCUGAAGAGCGACACUCAAGACCAGUUGUGCUACCAGGACUUAUUUUUUUUUGCUGUAGAAAAAUAAGGCUGUAUUUUUUAAAAUAAAGGUAUGAAU